AUGACAAAAGUAGCCAAUUCUUUUAGGUUUUCCGAUGGAUUUGCUGUCCCCACAUAUAAACGAAUAAUCCUAUUAGCACACGCCAGCCAUAGGGAAUGUGCUAUCUUUCCUGGAUCUUUGUUAGCUAUAGCUAAUAUUUAUCCCGAAAACCUAUUACUUGCUAUGUUACCUACAAUAUAUCUAUCGAUCAGAGAACUAGCAUUGCCUAAAAUAUUAAAGGCGAGAAAAGAAUCAAAAUGUUCGAUAUUACGGGAAUUAAAUCUUCCCCAACUAAAUACUGAAGCAUUACAUUUGUACGAGUUAAUUCACUGGGCGACAGAAAAGGUGACUGAACCACCUAUGACUAUGAAAUACGAUGACAGAAAUUACCGAUAUGAUUUCUUCGGGUGA